CGCCAUCUGCUGGUCGUUGUUAGUACAGCUUCCGGGUGAAAACAGCAUUGUGCAUUUUGCCGCAUAUCUGAUGAUCAAGGGCUUUAGUUAUGCCUUUAAUAGUUAUGUGUGGUUACCCCUGUAGUGGCAAAACACGACGGGCAAACGAACUGAAGGCGCAUUUUGAAGAGAAAACUGGGCGAGAAGUUCAUAUCGUUGGAGACGCAGCCCUGGAUGUUGACAGAAACAAUGUUUACGCAGAUUCUCAAAAGGAGAAAAAUGUCAGAGCAUCCCUAAAAGCUGAAGUAGAAAGGAAGGUUAGUAAGGAUAACAUUGUUAUUCUGGACUCAUUAAACUACAUUAAAGGCUACCGUUACGAACUCUUCUGUCUCAUCAAGCAUGCACAGACACCACACUGCCUAGUAUAUACUUUGACAUCAGAUGAGGAGAGCUCCUUAUGGAACAAAAACAGAGAUGCUGCUGAGCAGUACAGCCGGGACACCUUUGACGCUUUAGUUCGGAGAUUUGAAGCUCCAGACUCCAGGAACAGAUGGGACAGCCCCCUCUUCACUGUGCUCCAAGACGACAUGCUCCCACUUGAAGCCAUUUCUGAUGCACUUUUCAGAAGAAAAGCUCCCCCACCAAACCAGUCCACUCAGAGUCAACCCUUGUCUUCUGCAAACUUCUUAUAUGAGUUGGACAAAAUCACCCAGGAUGUGUUAAUGGCAAUUUUUAACGCUCAGAAGACGAGUGUUCCAGGGGAUCUCGUCUCAGUUCCAGGAGCUACAGAGAAGAUAUCCUUUAUACUGAAAAGCCAAACGUGGAGCUCAGCAGGAGCAUCAACAUGGCAGAACUCCGCAAACUACGGCGCCAGUUCAUCAGUUACACCAAGAUGCAUCCAACGGAGAAGACGGGGCAAAUUGCAAACAUGUUUGUUCAGUAUUUAAAUAAGAGUCUUCAUUGAAUUUGUUCUUUUGCAAAUUAAUAAAAUAGUUUUUGUAUAA